UCAGCUCAGCAGGAGAGAAAAACAAAAGAGAACUAUCAUGCUCAAUUGCCAAGACCAACCAUAACAUUAUUAUUAUUUCCCACAUCUGCCCUUGUGUUCUAUGUAUGGAUUCUUCGCUUCAUCUUCAUCACUCGUUGCUUCUACUCUUAUCUCCGACCUUCCUUCAUGGGCCUUUUCGCCUUCUCACGUUCCCUCUUCCAGUCUCUCCCCAUUAUUCCUUCUUUCCUUUUAGGCUCCUUCUCUACUCUUAUAUCAAAUCGUAUUCACAUAUCCUAAUUGGAUUCAGAUUUCUACGCUACAUAACCUAAGGUCGUCGCUCCCGGAAUUUUCCGAUUGGUUUUCGUAAUGAAAAGGGUGGCUGUUAAUUCUAAGAACACCUCUGUUGUUGACGACCAAGCUAAGCUUCAAUUGAGACAUCAAACUCUUCUGCAAGAUCACCUUGACCUCCAAAAGGAGGUUGUGACUAAGAAGAAGAAAUUGCAAGCUGCAAAGCAGAAGAGAGACAUCCUUUUGGCUGAAAUUGGAUUUCUGGGAAGAAGGCUGAGGCAUUUGCAGAAGCUAAAAUCUGCAGAAACCGAACCAAAAGUUGUCCAGCAUGAAACUUCCAACACAAAAUCUAUAAAGUUUUCAAGGAAGAGGAACAAUGAUGCCAGUGAAGCUGUUCCAAGUAAACACUCCCAUGUGGUGCACAAAGAAGGAGAAGAACUUGUUUGGGAGCCCAUAAGAGUAGAGAAGAAGUCUAAAACUUGGUUAAUCAAUGACAAACGAGUUGGAAAGAGAAAAAUUGAGGUGCAAGAUGAGGUUGCUUUGAAUGUUUAAAUUACUUUUAUGUUAGAUAAUGGAGAAAAUACAGAGAUUUGUGCGAAUUGGAACAAUCUCAUAGGCUUUGCUACAGAUAAUACAGUCUCCUUUUACUUGCUGUAUCCUUCCAACAUUCCUUCCAAAGCAAGAUUGAAGAAUGUUUGUUUUCAGUUUUAAUUGUGGCGACUGUUCUAUUA